AUGGGCAAGGAGACUGAGCCAAAACAAUUGUGGGAGAUAAACGAGGUUAUCAUCAAUGGCAACUACUCGUACCAAGCGUAUGAGGACGGGAGGCUAUACUACACCCUAGCUACGAGCAGAGCUGAUUUGCCGGCCGGGUUUUGGUAUGAUGAAUGGAUUUAUGCCCUCCAGGCUCGGACCGAAGCCGAGCAAUUCGUCGAGAGUUCCGGGAGAUCGGCAUUGGACGCUAGGCAACGAGGCGGCACUGGCAAUUCUGAUUACCAGUUGCCAUCUCAAUCGAUCGCUAAUAAUCCAAAUAUGGGACAGAUUAGCUCAUCCGCCGAAAAGGCAAAGGAUCGGAGGAAGAAGAAGCACCACGGGAAGAAAUGA